CAGGCGCGGGGCGCCGGCGUGACGUCACGGCGCGCGACCGGGCGCGGACCCGGGCGGCUCGGCAGGAUGUUCGGCUCCAGCCGGGGCGGCGUGCGCGGUGGGCAGGAUCAGUUCAGCUGGGAGGACGUGAAGACGGACAAGCAGCGGGAGAACUACCUAGGCAACUCGCUGAUGGCGCCGGUGGGCCGCUGGCAGAAGGGCCGCGACCUCACCUGGUACGCCAAGGGCCGGGCGGACGGCGCGGGGCUGAGCCGCGAGCAGGAGCUGGCGGCCGUGAAGCAGGCGGAGCAGGAAGCGCUCAUGGCGGCGCUUGGCUACAAGAACGUGAGGAAGCAGCCCACGGGCCUGAGCAAGGAGGACUUCGUGGAGGUCUGCAAGCGGGAAGGGGAUGCCGACAAGGGCGUCGACCGGCUCCUCGGCCUGGGCAGCUCCAGUGGCUCCGCUGGUCGAGUAGCGCUGUCCCGAGAAGACAAGGAGGCCGCCAAACUCGGACUUUCUGUGUUCACGCACCACCGCGUUGAGAGCGGCCGAACAGGGACCUCCCCAGCCAGGAAGAAGACACGUUCGGAGGAGAAGGUGGACCCGGGCCCAGAGAACCAAAGAAAGAGCAGGAAAGAAAAGAAAAAGAAGAAAAAGAAGAAGCACAAAAAAGAAAAGAAGAAAGAAAAGGAGCACCGGAGAGAGGCAGCUUCCCCAGUGUCCCCAUCCCUUGCCCGGACUGGGCACUGCCAAGAGGACUCAGAUACCUCCCCCAACCACAAGAGGAGGAGACGGCAUGACAGUGACUGAGGCCGGGUGGGCCUACCCCUACCUACUGACAAGAACCUGUAGUCAAGCCGAGGGGCCGCCUGUUGGACCAUCUCUGUGGAAGCACCUCCCUCCCUGUGAACAAGCAAAGCAGCCAAGUCCUGCUCCCCUGGAGGUCUGGUCAUGCUUUCCAGUCCCUGCUGUCAGCUUUGGCACCAACCCCCAGCUUAGCUGUAGUCAAACACAGCUGCUAUUUUUUGGUCAUAAUUCUUUUUACUUAAUAAACAGUUUAUUUUCAGUGGAUAAA